AUGCCUCAAGGGGACCGCAAGCGCGGCCCCGCAAAGCCAAAAUCCCAACCCCAGCGCCCCCGCCAACAACCCUCGAAGCACGCCAAUUCCACUACCCCAGCACCAGCACCAGCACCAGCCCCAGACGCCAGCCCAAUUGACCUCGCUGCCUCCAUUCCCCUCCCGCUUCAACAACUCCUGCUAGAUGUUUUCAAAACGGCUCUCCUCACGCUCAAGUCCCACCUCUACCAGCGCGACUUCGAUGCCGCCUUCACAGACGCAGACGCAAACUUGCUGCGCGCGUACGCGCUACGCUGGAGCGCCGCCCGCGGCCUAGGCUACGCCGGCAUCUUUAAAGCCGUAUUGGGCUGGAUGCGGGCGGGCGAGUCGCGCGCCGCCGCACCGCCGACUCGAGCCGUGUGCAUUGGCGGCGGCGCGGGCGCGGAGAUCGUCGCGCUGGCCGCGGCGUGGCGGGACCUGGGCUCUGGGGCGGCGCUGGAGGACCGCGUCGCGGGGGUGUCGCUGGAGGACGGGGGAGCAGCGCCGGAAGCGGGCCUGACUGUGGCGGCGGUGGAUAUUGCGGACUGGGCUGUUGUUGUGGAGGGGCUGGCAGACACGAUGGUGUCGGCGGGGGUGCCGGCGCCGCGGUCUUCUGUGUAUCAGCCGCCUUUGGUGGAGGAUUCGGACGGAGGCGGCAGGGUGUCGAUAUCGUUUCGGCGGCGGGAUGUGCUUGAGCUGGCGGACGGCGAGUUGCGGGAUUUGCUGCUGGGUGAGGAGGCGGAGUCUCGCGAAUCGGCAGCCCUGUUGGUUACGCUGAUGUUCACAUUGAACGAGCUCUUCUCGGCGUCGAUGGCUAAAACGACCAGCUUUCUGCUGCGUAUGACGGACGUGCUGCGCGCUGGGGCAGUCCUGCUUGUUGUGGAUAGCCCUGGCAGCUACUCAAGCCUGAAGUUAGGAAAAGGGAAGGAGGGUGCGGCGCAGGAACGCAAGUAUCCGAUGAAGUUCUUGCUGGAUCAUACUUUGCUGUCCGUGGCGGAGGGCAAGUGGGAGCGCGUGUUAACGCAGGACUCGCGGUGGUGGAGGCGGGAUGCGUCGCGAUUGCGAUAUGAUGUUGGCGAGGGAGCGGGCUUGGAGGACAUGCGCUACCAAGUUCAUGUCUAUCGGCGGUUGUGA